AACAAUAGUAGUGCCAGUACGCAGAACAAGACAACAAUAACUGGCGACCUUUCCCAAAGCACAAGACAGAGAGGCUACCACCCUCGAUCUUGGUUAGGUGUGGUUGGCCGUUGGGACAUAUUCUUGCCUACGUCACCCCUCGUCUGAGGGCCUCGUGACGUCACGACUGGAUCGUCCUGUUCUUGGCCGCGGAAGUGAAGUGAGCGCCCGAGUGAGAGAGAGAGACCAGUUCAUACAUUUGUGGGCUCGGAAGUGUGUAUAUAGGCCACAUCUUUGCUUGCCUGCACUCUCAACUCUUCAGAGAGAAGGAUCUAACGUGUCGCGACCUAAGAAUAGUCCACAGUCUUCGGUUUGGUGCCAGAAAUUCCGCGACCAGUCGAGAAUUAAGGAAAUAUUAGAGAACCAACGAUGGAUCGUUUUGGGAUGUCAGCCCUGUGCCUCCUGCUCCUGGCGUUUGUCGGCCAACAGUCGUCUGCUCAGACCGCGGUACCUACAACAGCGCCCCCUACCACCCCGGACAUACUGAGCGAUCUGACGGGAGCCACGCCAUGGGCACUUGCAGUUAUGAUCAUAGCUGCACAGGGGGCGCUGUUGUGCAUCAUCAUCGGCUUCUACUUUUGCUACAGAUUGGACAACUCUUUCAAGAGCCGAGAGAGCGCGCACUGCCUGGGUUACAUCAUGUUGUUCGGCUGUUUCCUGAUGUACGGCCUGGCCUACGCUUACGUCAUCCACCCGCACGAGAUCGUCUGCGGCGUCAGGAGGGUCGGCAUGGGGUUCAUCCACGCACUGGUCUUCGCACCCAUGCUGUUGAAGGCUAUCCGGAUCUGGCGCGUGUCCCGGCGUGACCUUGACGAGCUGACCCCUAUGAGCGGGAACAGGGCCCAGCUGCUGUUCACCAUCCUGCUCCUGCUGCCGGAGAUCGUCGCCGUCGUGCAGUGGCUGUGGAUCGUGCCGCCUUCGGCUAAGAUCGUGUACCCUUCGGGAGAACCCGCCACCACCGCGUGCGGCACCACCAACCAGGACCUCAUCAUGUCACUCAUCUACGUCAUGUUUCUCAUGUUCCUCACACUGCUCUUCAGUAUGCUGGCUUGCCCCUCGGACCUGAACAUGAGCGAGUCCCGCUUCAUCUUCGUGGGGAUCGUGUUCUCUAUCGGCUGUCUGGUGGCCUGGAUCUGCUGCCUGAAAACCACGGACUUUCCCGAGGACCCGGUCAUCGCUAUCGGACUUCUGAGUAUGGCCACGAUUGUAGUGGUCAUCAUCUUCUUACCAAAGGUGUGCCUGUUGUGUCGCCUGGGUGACGAUGAAGACAUGGAGGAACUCCCGAUGAGCUACAUGCCGAACGGUUACUCCUCUGGCUCCAUGGAUAGGGAACAGCGCUCCUACACACCGCACCAGUACGACUACUGAGAUAAACAAACAAACAAACAAAUUAACAAACCUCUUCCCUCGAGAAUCGUCCUGAAAAUAAGCUCUAACGUACAACAGUUUCCUCAACCUUUCCGUUAUAUACCAAAGCCAGGAGAUGUUAACCCCCCUUUUGUACUAAACGUUAACAGAUCCAUGCAAAAGUUGGCGCAGAAAGAGUUAUGGUGCAAUCGUCAUAACAUCAUUUUUGAAGCAAGGGGGGUUAUAACCUUUACAGCUUGUUAACUUAUUUUGUUUUCUAAAAAUCGUAGCAAGAGCAAAGACUUUAAAAUCCCUACUUGUAUUCGAAAGAUUUUCUGAAAGAUUAAAAGAAUAGCAUUUUUACCUGGAUUUUUGUAACCGGGUAGGACAUAUUCCUUUGAGGAACUUUUUUGUUUUUCUGUCUGAUUUUGUCUGGCAGAAUUUCCGAUAGGCAUGGUGUUUGGAGCCUUUGAGCUCUUACAAUACUGUUUACGUAAGUUACUCAUUCAAACAAUACCAGGUGUAUUUUCUGAAAGCCCAGGUACCAUCCUCCGUAGUUGGCCCACUCUUUCGCUUGUACCCCUGGUUUUGCUAAGUGCUAAACGAAAAAAUGGCCUUCAGAGGUAGGAAUGGUAUCCAGGCUAGUUUUCUGUCCGAAAUUUUCACUAAAUACAAAAUUAUACAACUUCUAAACGCCUAUGCAAUGCUUCUUUUUUAGAAGCAUAUUUUGAUCCAUGACGUUACAGUUCUAUCUAGCAAUGCCUUUACAUUACAGACUGACAUUAUAGAGGUCUUAAAAAGUGUAUGUAUGUAUGUACAUAUUUAUGUAUCGAGGCAAUGAUUUAAAAACGCCGGUGUUAAAAAGGGAGAGAAUAUUGUACAUAGCUUGUCUGUGGGACAGCAUAGUAAGGGUGGCGUUUUUAUUACUGUGUAGUAAGUUAUGUGAUCGAAUUGUGGCUAUUAUAUACGAAAAGGAAAUAUUGUAAAUAUAUUUCCAUACGAGGAGCUUUUGCUACAGAUGUUAUAAGGGCAGCAACAAUAUUUUUCUACAAGUAUUUGUCGCUUUCGUAUUACAACAGGUUUGAUACUUAGAACCUUCUUGUUUCAUAUCUACAAGUUCAGGUAGAAGUAUAAAAUGUACUUUCAAAGGACUCAGACUAUUUCGCUUUCAGCCAAAUAUGCUAAAGCAUGUACAUGGUGGAAGUCACAUAGAGUUAUAUUUAAUUUUAUGUCGUACAGUUUUUGUUUUGUAAACAAAUACUGGAAGGUAUUUAAGUCCCUUCACACCAAAAUGCAAUUAUCUUAGUCAUAAGGAAGGAAACUAUGGUUAUACAUUGUUCACGUAAUGUUAUUUAUGUAUGUUGUUUUUUCUAUUUAGAUUUGCUGUUUCUAACAUGUUGACUAUACUGUGCCUAAGACUCACUUACACUGUGAAGACACAGGUUUCAAUUUACCUAUAUAUAGACACCAAUGAAGGAAGCUUUUGCAUCAUGUCAAGUAAUUUCCGCGCUAGCUCAACACAAGCCUUCUUCUGAUCGGUUGUGCAAUUAUUUAGCUACACAGUAUUGAACCAAUGAAAAUCUCUGUAUCAUAGUGACUGAGUAUGCGGAUGUGUUGGAAGAUGUUAUUGGUCCUCAAUUUUGUCACCAUGCAUUGUACUGUGGGUGUAGACCAACGCCAACGAGAGUCGAUGUAACAUUUUACUAGCGAGCGAGCAAGAGAGGAAAGAGUGUACAAGUUAGGAGUUGUUUCCCAGGCAUUUUGUAAGAUAGUUGUAUUUGUAUUUAUAAAUGUCUUUUGUACGAUUCUUAAUUACUAGAUCACUGUAAGAUUCUUGGUGGGUUGAAAUACAAUAAAAUCCUGAAAACAUG